AUGGCAGCCGACGUUUGUGCAGAACAGGAUGAAGAAAGGAUCAGAUCAGUGUUUCCUGUGUCAUCAUUACCUCCUGAAAUUCAUUUGCAUAUUUUACAGCAUUUACCGCGGUGUGAUAUCGAUAAUUGUAGAUUUGUUUGUAAACGAUGGAAAGAAAUGAUCGAUUAUAACAUUCAUUUGCUCAGAAAACAUCUGGUUGAUGUGCUCGAACUUCGAGAAUGCAAAUCUCGAUUUGUUCUCAAUUUAAAAUCUUGCAAUAUUUCAAAAAGUUGGACAUUCAAUAAUUGUACUACAAGUCGUAUUUUGGGAAAGCGUAAACUUACUAAAACUUCUGAUAUAUUUAACAAUGGAAAUGGACAACAAGAUUAUGAUUUUGAACAACAACAACAACCUGCAAGCAAACUACCUCACUUGUUAAUAUAUAAUAUGGAGCAAACUGUUUCUCCAAGCUCAUAUUUACCUGUAUUGGUACCUAAUAUUAUUCAUCAAAAUAUACCACAAACCGAGGAUUACGGUGAGCGUAAACAACGUGAACAUACGCCAUCGCAAUUACUUUGCGAACGAUUAGCAAAAUGUUUCCAUGAAGCUGAUAUUGAAUUUUUGCGAUUAACUGACAUGCGAUUUACAGAUUGUUUUGUAGAUCGUUUGACUGACGCCUUUAAUGGAAAAAAGAUUUGUUGCAAGAAAUUAGAAAUUAUUAUGUGCAAACUCAAUUAUAUAUCUCCUGAAAAAUUUCAUCAAUUUCUUCAAAUGAUUAAAUGUGAGAGUUUGUCUCUAAUGUGGCUACGUGGUAAUAACGGCCAUAUAAGUAAUUCCCGUAACUUUCUCUCACGUUUUCUCGAUCUUGGAUUUUUAAGUAUUCGUGCUGUUACUCCUCAAAUAGUAAUUGGGGAUGAUCAAUUUUUGAUAGAUUUUUUGAAAGAUAAAGCUAGAAAAUAUCCCCGAGAAACGGUGCUUCAGUUAGAUUAUUCUUCAAUUACUACCAGUGGCUUUUUUCAUGCUAUCGAUAAAUGGAGGGAAACGAACACACAUUGGAUUGUUAACCUCUGCGUGGUCUCGGAAGUUCUCAGUCUCAGUAAUCUUCUAAGGUAUUUAUCGUUAAAUCAAAGUAAACCUCAGGAAGGUGCAUUUCGGAUUCCUCAUCCGAGAUUACCUAAUGAGGCACUUCUACUUUGGCAUGACAAAGACGGACUUCAUAUAGCUAGCAAUAAAAAACAAUUUCUUGACCAAAAACUGUAA